GAGACCCGCGGGCACGGCCCCACAACCUGAGCCCGGCCCCACAGCCUGACCCCGGCCCCAACCUCCGCCCUGAUCCCACAUCCUGACCCCGGCCCCACAACCUGACCCCGACCCCACAUCCUGACCCCGACCCUACAUCCUGACCACGGCACCACAUCCUAACCCCGGCUCCACAACCUGACCACGGCCCCCGGCCCCUCAUCCUGACCCCGGCCCCUCAUACGGACCCCGGCCCCUCAUACGGACCCCGACCCUACAUCCUGACCACGGCCCCUCAUCCUGACCCCGGCCCCUCAUCCUGACCCCGGCCCCUCAUUCUGACCCCGGCCCCUCAUUCCCAUCCCGAUCCUGAUCCCAACCCCGGGGCCGCGGCCGCGCUGCUGUCGCUGCGCAGGGACCGGGGUCGGGGGGGCCGCCAAUGAUCGUGGAUCUUGUGUGAAAGCGUCUUGCGCUCCAAUUUUUAUAAAGCGAAAGCAGCCUCGAUUUUAAGUUAUUUUUUCCCCUUAAUUCUGCGCGUGGUCCAUAGAAGCUGGGCUGCUUCGCCUGUUGGAGCACCAGUAGUCUUGCAAUAGCUUAUUAAUGGUCCUUCUGCCCAUUUAUUAUGCUAACUUGUAUUUUGAGAAAAUAUAUAGUGGUGUUACAAACUCGGCUUUAAAUAUUUAAUAUGUGGAAUUCAUUUGUCUGGGAGAUACUAAAACCCUUCAUCAGUGAUGAACUGCUUUCCCUGGCAUGUCCCAGGCACCAUAAAUCAGCUCUGGCUUUGGGCCCGUGAUGGGCCAAUUUCUGGAAUCUGGGGCUACAUAAACACCAAAUAUUAUUGAAAUAUGCACCAGAAGUUGUCAUAGUAUUAUGGUAUUUUUGCAACUUGUGUGAAUGGAAGGAAUAAGGGGCCCUUUGGAUACUGCUACUUCAUUGAUGAUGUAAGAAGCAUGGUGAAACUGAUGAUCAAAGUCACUGCACAAAACAAGACAUCACAAGUUUACCUUCCACUGAAGUUCGGAAGAGCCACCUGGUUAUGAAUUUGGUACCUACAACAGCCAUCAGUUUUCUGAAUCUGCAUAAAAUUUGUUCUGCAAAUUAGCAUAUAAGCUACCUUGUUUAUAUGAAUAUCAGUUUAAAACACAGCUACAUUGAUGACAAAUUUUAAGCCAGAAUACUGAGCUUGCAAGUGGCUUUACUGAUUGAGAAGCUAGAAUUAUUUUCUGCCUAUGAAAGCUGGAAAAAAAUGUUCAGAAACCACUAUCAGGGGGGCCCAUUUGUUGAAAUAUUCAGUGCUCAAGGCAAGAACCCAGGAGCAAAAUGGAAGAUUUUUGGCAACCCAUCAGCUAUAUCAAAAGAAUAUGACAAAGAACUAAAAGGCUUUGUUUUUGUACUUGAAGGAAACAGUCUAAUCAACAAAAUGAAGCUACCAAGGGAAACAAAACAAACUUUGGGACUGGUGCAGCAAUUUCUGACACUUCAGAUUUUUGUGCCAUUGGGAAAAGACUUCUCCACGGAGUUACUGAUAACUGAUUAUGAGAAUAUUAAAAGAAGAUUGUAUUUGUCAACAGUCCACAAGGAGUUAUCUGUAACCCCUCUGCAUGCAAAAAUUCCUCUGUUUAUGAUCAAGCGCAAAAUAUGGUGCAAUAUGUGUAUUGACUUGUCAACGUUUACCUAUGAAAUAUUCAAAGGAGCUUGCUUCCGGUCUUUGGAUGGAAUUAUUGUUUCAGCUAACUGUAAGCUAAGAAAGAUCUUCACUUUAAAAUGCAAGCCAAAAGAUACAGCUGAGGAAGAUGGUACACGCAUUGUUACACCUGGGCCAUAUGAGGCCUCAGAGGAUAUUCCUCCAACCUGCCAGCUCAAUUCUGAUGUCCCACAAGUUACACAAGUGCUGAAUCUAUAUGAAAUUCACAGGCCAAAAGUAAAAUGUAGGGGAAAUGCAGGUAUCUUGGGUAAUAAAGGCCAAGGCAACAUAUGCAAUAGUAAAACUCAGGAUGUAUCUCAUAUUGCAUUUGGGUCAAAGAUCCCUGGGCCACCUCCAUCUUCAAACAGAAGAACCAAUGCAAAGGUACCUGGAAAGGUAACAAAGAUCUUGGGUAGCAAAACAUCAUGCAAACUUCAAAAUUCAGGAAUGCCAACUGAAUCCAUACCAGAAACCAAGAAACUAGAGCUACCACUCUGGCCAUGCAAUGAUACUUUAGAUCAAGGAGGCAAAAGAAAUGCUCUCCCAACAACUCCAAAUGAAUAUCAAAAUGACCUUGAAAUUCAGACUCAGAAGACAUCUGUGAGUGGAGAAGCCGAUUUUAAGCUCACCUCACCACAGGUACCAUCACCAGACAAGAACAGUCCUAGAAGAUUAUCUCUAAAAAAUGCAGCCAAACCUUCAUUGGAAAUAACCAGUGAUAAAUGGGUGCUUCCAGAGAGGUUCACUGAGAGUAUUCAGUUGGACAGAAAGGAGCACUCUGGAGCUACUGGAAGUUCAGCCUGCUGUAAUUUACCCUCUGCCCAGAAUGCCUCUGUUGAACAUGACAGAAGGGAAACAGCUGAUCAUCACAGGAGUAAGAAAGAGGUUUUCACAUUUUCAUCAAAACCUCGAUCAGCUCCUUACGGCAAGUCUCCGAAUCUAUCCCCAGAAAGUUACAGUUUCCCGUUGGAAUUGGAGCUGGACAGUAAUGGAGAAUAUGAGAAAACCAGAACUGAAGAAAGCUUUGAAGGAACUGAAAGCAGUGAGGAGGAUGACAGCAGUGAACUCGGACAGAAUACUGAGAACAUUGAGAACAGCCACAGUAGACAAGAAACAUCUGAUUCAGCAGUUUUUAAAGAGAUCCCAUUAAAUAAGAUGUCACAGAGAAAUGAAUACUGGAAGAAUAAGGAACACAACAAAUAUAACUUCGAAGAGGCCACCUUAUCAAAACCACAGAGUUCCACCAUGAGAAAAACAGAAUCUAUUAGCUUUCAGAGAAGUUUAAAGCCUAUCCUUUCUCUUUCUCCAAUUCAAAGUAAAUCCAAAUCCUUUAGAGUAAUUAGAAAUGUAUAUGAAGAAACUGAAAGAUAUGAAGGAGUUUCAGAUCAAUUAGAAAGAUCUGUCAGUAAAACAUCUCUCAAGAAAGUCUCAAAAGAAAGUUCAUGUCUGACAGUACAGACUUGUGAGUAUAACAGGAAAAAGUACCAGUCAAAUAGAGUGAGUUCAUCUGAACUACAGAUGCUGGCCAGCAUGAAGAGACAACAAAGUGAAGAAUUAAGGGAUGCUGGGAUCUCCCAUGGGCUGAGCACCUCACAGAUCAAUUGCUGCAAUGUCAGCCUAAGUAUAAGCAGUGCUGAUGAUACAGCAACCUGGAACUCUUGUUUCCCACCACCCGUCAGUCAGGAGCAUCACUAUGAGAAAGAAAUGAGCCCACUUUCUCAUUCCAACCCACGGGACUGGUUAAAUAUGUUCAGUCUCCCUAUCAUUCCUGGAAGCCAAGAAAUAGAAGAGAAUGCUAAAUCUUCAACAAAACAGAGAACUCCAGAUACUCCAAAAAACCCACUGUAAUGAAGAGAUCAUUUCUCCAAGAAAUAAGAGAGAACAACAAAACCAUUCCUUGACCUUUCCUCCUCAAACAGGACAGUUUGGACUUUUCCUGAACUACUGGACACCCCUCUCUGUGCAAGUAGCAGAGAAGCUGCAGUGCUGUGUGAUAAAGGCCUGUCAGAUGAGAUCAUCCCCAUCAAACCUUAGAAUCUGGGUAUUUUCCUGGAUUCCUUGGUUUUUAAAAAAUCCUGAUGGACCAUGGUAACUCGAUGGUUUGGAGUAUCAUUUUUGAAAGAGGUGCUAAAUAAAUGGUGUCCUGUGACAU